GCGGGAGCGGCGCAGUGCGCAGGCGCGUCGGCCCGUCUCCGUGGAGCCGCUGGCGCCUACUGCGCAGGCGCGGGGGCGGCCUCCGGUGUGGUACCCAUGGCGCUGUAGUAGGUGUGUAGGCGCUGCCAGGAGCGUCCGGAAUGAGCGCGGCCGAGGCCGACCGCUGGGCGUGGCUGCUGGUACUCAGCUUCGUGUUUGGGUGCAAUGUCCUUAGGAUCCUCCUGCCGUCCUUCUCCUCCUUCAUGUCCAGGGUGCUGCAGAAGGACGCAGAGCAGGAGUCACAGAUGAGAGCAGAGAUCCAGGACAUGAAGCAAGAGCUCUCCACAGUCAACAUGAUGGACGAGUUUGCCAGAUAUGCCAGGCUGGAAAGGAAGAUUAACAAGAUGACGGAUAAGCUCAAGACUCAUGUAAAAGCACGGACAGCUCAACUAGCCAAGAUAAAAUGGGUUAUAAGUGUUGCUUUCUACAUAUUGCAAGCUGCUCUGAUGAUCUCACUCAUUUGGAAGUACUAUUCUGUCCCUGUGGCUGUUGUGCCAAGUAAAUGGAUAACCCCACUAGACCGCCUGGUAGCCUUUCCUACUAGAGUAGCAGGUGGUGUUGGAAUUACCUGUUGGAUUUUAGUCUGUAACAAAGUUGUGGCCAUUGUGCUUCAUCCUUUCAGCUGAAAAGGAAGAUAAAUGCGGCUAUGAGACUUUUAAAAAUGGAUAUUCUCUUAUUAGGUUAAAAAUCUUAUUUAUGUUUUUUUUUUAAGAAACAAAAGUGUACAGGUCAGCUUUUUUGUUGUUGAAUAUGUUUGUUCUUGGAGUUCAUGUGAGAUCUUUAUAAGAAUCGGCGCACUUGUCAUUGGGCCAGAAAGGCCAGUUUAUGACACGUGUGUACCGACCAACAUCAUCCCAGAUCUGCAGGAAAUGUGUCACUUGUGAUUUGCACUCUUGGCAUAUUUUGCUCCUAUCACCAACUGGGAAGUCAAAAUUUUCUAACAACUUAAGCAUUUUAAAGACAUAGCACUAAUUUUAAUCUAGUUUAGAAAGUAACUUAAUUUUAAUACCACUACUAGAAUUUGAAAAUUUGUUUUUCAAUCUCACAUAGCACAACAAAAGAAUAACACUAAUUGACAUUGCUUGUGCUUUUGCUUCCUCUGUUUAAAAUCAUUUGUUGGUCAAGUGUUUAUAUAGUAGUAUCUACUUAUUCAAGACUGUUGAUUUCUCAUUACAGUGUUUUGUAAACGUAUUCAUGAGACAAUAAUGCAUUGUUUUGUGUGAAAAUCGUGUUAUGUAUUUAAAACAUUUCAAAUGAAGUGUAUUUUAUAAGCAUUUACUAUUUAUGCUCUAUAGAAUGGCACGAAGUUAAAAAAUAAAAUAAGAAGCCUGAUUAAAUUAAUCUGAACUGAAACCUGUUUGGCCCAUAAAGUAUAAUUCUACUAAAUCUGUUAUUUAAAACAUUUUUUCUUAUUAAAAUCUUUGCAAGUGCUUGCAUGACUUCCUUCCUGAUUAGCCACUUAUUUGCCGUGAGCAAUCUGUAAUGGCCAUUAACUAAGUGGGUAACCACAGCACUGUAAAGCUAAAUGCCAUCAUUAGUUUUUGAAAAAUCACACUUUUUUUCUUGGGUUCCCUAGUGAUCUAAUAGGUAGGUCAUUAUUAUUUUGGCUAACUGUACUAUGAGAAGACAGAUGCUGUGGUCCUUUAUUGUCACACUGAAGCCCACCACAGUGGGUUUUGCGUUCCACCUACUCAAGCUCACAGACGCUGCAAGUGCGCCCAGCACUGAGUUUACUUAGCUUUUAGGAGGGACACAGCAGGGAACGCAGCAGCAGCAGCAGCGUGGAGGACCUGGGCACCAGCUUCCAGUGUCUCCUCUCCACACAGGAUUCAUUUUGGCCACAGAGGAUGAGAAUCCAACCCGAGGAGGAGAUUGGAGCAGCACAAGGAAGCUGCAGGGUCUAGAGUCCCUUAGAUGAAAUUUAGCACAUGGAAGGUCCGUGCCUGACUCCCAUUUCAGUGAGCUGCAGGCACACAUGAUGGUUAGACAGGACACAGUUGGGCACCAGGUACGCAUGCCUGGGAGAAGCUUUGGAUCACUAAUCAGUGUAACGUAUCCCUGAAGAGAUCCUUACUCCUAAGGAUGUAUUCUUUCAGUUGCUAUUACAAGAAUUUUGAAAAAUCUUGUGGCUAGAAGAAAAGAUUUAUAGUUCACAGCUGUUAUCUCUUUCCACAUACAUUAAUAGUUUUGAAGAUUAGGGGAAAUUUAAAUGCCCCUUAUAUGUCAUAUCGUUGUGUUUUUCAGAAAUUGUAUUUGUUUUAAAGUAGAAAAUAAACAUGGUCCUGAAUUCAAAAGAUCCAGAAGGUGAUAUAGGAAAAAGUGCAUUUUCUGACCCGCUACUGUCUUGUUAUCCAGUUUCCCAAAGUUUUCCACUAUUAUCAGUUUCCUGUGAUUCUUCCCAUGAUAUUCCAUGCCCUAAUGAAUAUUGAUA